GAGUGACAUUGACACUUUCUGCUGUAGGAUCUUGGACAGGUGUGUGCCCACAGGAUCUGUAAGUGAACCCUGGAGGUGGUACUGUGGCAGGAUGUGCCAUUUUGUCCACGCCCUGGCUCUGACUGCAGUACUCCACAUCAUUCCACUUUGUGAGGAAGAAACCCACAUACACAAGACGUUCAUAAAAAUCAUACACGUUCAUUCAGUGCGUUUUACUAAAUGAAACAUAAAGAAAACAUAUUCAUCGUUGUGUGAUCAUCCCCAUUUGAAAUAUAGUGACAUAUUAGGCAUAUACAAUUAUUUUGAUCUCAAUAUGACAUUUGUGAAGUGCCUUUUAUGUCAAAAUGCUAGUGAAUUAAUGUCAGAAUCAUAUAUUCCCAUUCUAGAACCCAUAUAUGUUUUAUAUUUUCUGUGUACCCCAUAUGUGUUUCCUAUACAGUAUGUUUUUACACAUUUUACGCAUGAGUAUAUAGUGUAGAAUGGACAAUAAUCAUGUAGAAAUACGUGAUUAAAUAUAGUGUAAAUAUGGUCACAGUGAGGUUGAAUAUGGUCACAGUGAGGUUGAAUAUGUUUACAUUCAGAUUUUAUAUUGUCACGGUGAGGUUUAAUAUGUUUAAUAUGUUUACAGGUGAGAACCGGGGAGACUCAAUAGAUGAGAACCUGGGAGUCUCAAAAGAGCAAUCUUUAGAAGAUAGAUUUAUGAAGAUGAAUGAAAUCAUACAAGAGAAUAAAUAUACUGCUUUUAUCAGAUUUAUGGAAGAACUGGAGAGAGAACUGGAAUGCACCACUUUCCCCGGGGGCAAAUAUUCCAUAACCAAGGAGGCGCUCCUGGCACACCUCUACAGGGCUCCUGGAAACUUCCAAGGCCUGACUAUUUCAGCCAAUCAUGCUAACAGGUCUGUCCAUGUGUACCUUCCGGAAAAAAUACUCCAGCCCAAAGAAGACAGGACCAUCGUCUUCUGCAUGAUAACUGCCUCUGAAAUGUUUGAAAGGCAGAAUCUUACAGUGCUCUAUGGGAAUGUUGUAGGAGUAAGCAUCAGUGGAAAAAAGCUCAAGGGCCUCAUGGAUCGAAUCAAGAUCACAUUUUCACUGCAGGGCACUUCACCACUCCAGGGUAAAUUACCACGCUGCCACUAUUUGAAUUUCUCCACCAACAGUUUCCACAGCGAUGGCUGCAUCACACACUGGAGUCCUGGGGAAGAGCAGGUUGUCUGCUCCUGUGAUCACCUGACUUAUUUCGCUGUGCUUCUGGUGACCCCAGAGAUUUCAGAGAGGGAUCAGAACAUUCUCACCUACAUCACUCUGAUUGGCUGUAGCAUCUCCCUCAUCUUCCUGGUCAUCACGCUGCUCAUGUACCUCUGUCACAGGAAAAUGCUGGCAGACACCACGCUGAAGAUCCACCUGAACCUGGUAGUGGCUCUGGUGCUGCUCAACGUCCACUUCCUGCCUAGUCAGCUGGUGGCCUCGCUGUCUGUCUACAACCUGUGCGUUUACCUGGCUGUAAUGAUCCACUAUUCCCUCCUGGCCACCUUCACCUGGACGGCCCUCGAGGGUUUCCACCUGUACCUGCUGCUGAUCCGUGUCUUCAACAUCUACGUCAGGAGAUACCUGCUCAAGCUGGCUCUGGUGGGCUGGGGUCUGCCUGCUGUAGCCGUGAUCAUAAUCCUCAUUAUCAACAAAGACAUUUACCAGCGCGUGACACUUCACUCCUCCGAUAACAACACCACCUCCAGCCAAAUCUGCUACCUGCAGGACAGCACAGUGCAGGUUUUCAACAUCGCUUUCUGCGGCCUGGUGUGGGCGUUCACCAUGAUCAUGCUGGCGCUAACGUGCAAGCUAAUGCUACGGAGAGACCGCAUGCCUGGCGGGAACAGCCGCCGCUGGAAGGACGUGUGUACUGUCCUGGGCAUCAGCUCCCUGCUGGGCGUCACCUGGGGCCUGGUCUUCUGCUCCUUCGGAGGACUGCCCACUCCCGGCCUCUACCUGUUCUGCAUCCUGAACUCACUGCAGGGUUUCUUUGUGUCCCUUUGGAUGCUCAUCUCCAAGCAGAGGGCCGGUGCUGCCACCAGCAAAGACUCGCAGGCCACCAGGUCCACAGACAUGCAAACAGAUAGAUACCCCAAGCUAGCGGCCGCCGCCCGGCCAGGGAAGCUGGAAGCGGAUGAAUCUGCACUCUGACCCAAAAUGGAGUCUUCCCCAUGAAACCUAUGUACUCUGACCCAAAAUGGACUCUUCCCCAUGAAACCUAUGUACUCUGACCCAAAAUGGAGUCUUCCCCAUGAAACCUAUGUACUCUGACCCAAAAUGGAGUCUUCCCCAUGAAACCUAUGUACUCUGACCCAAAAUGGAGUCUUUCCCAUGAAACCUAUGUACUCUGACAACCAAAUCAAGUCUUCCCCAUGAAACCUAUGUACUCUGACCCAAAAUGGCGUCUUCCCCAUGAAACCUAUGUACUCUGACAACCAAAUCGAGUCUUCCCCAUGAAACCUAUGUACUCUGACCCAAAAUGGCGUCUUCCCCAUGAAACCACACUCUGAUAAAAUCAUUUGAAUCAAUAAUUAAUAAAUUGAAUGGGGGUUUUUUGGUACACAUUUUAACAUUUUAA